AAGUUUUAAUCUUUUAGACUGCAAUAAAUGUGGAAUGAUUCUGUAGAAAAUACUAAAGAAGCCAAUACCAAGAAAAGAAAAAAAAGGAACUAAUGGUUAUUAAAUAAAUUAAUGAGAUAGGUGCUAUUUAUGUCGUGCUUUUUUCCGGUUGAUUCUUUUUCAUUGUUCUUUUCAAUGAUACAUUAUUCCAAAUAUGAAAAUAGCAAAUUCCAAAUAGAAAUUAAUUAAUUUUAUAAUAAAACGGGUAGAGUCAUAUUUGUACAUUUUUUGAAUCAUCUGACACUUAAUUAUUAAAACAGGCCAUUUAUAUUCUAAAUCUGUUAAACAAAAUGUCAAUCGAAGAUAUCAAUUCCUUAAAAGUACCUUCAUCUCUUUUAACGCACUCGAAAAAUAGUUCCGAAGAAAUUUAUUAUAAUAAAUUUUCAAAUGACUCUAUAAUUUAUCAUCUUCAUAUAAAUCAUACAAAUUCUUCAACAAAAAAAGAUAAAAUAAAAAAGAAAAGGCUAUGUAGAAAGAUUAAAGAAUUCUGGAAUUGGUUGAUUGAUCCUAGGCAUCCAAAGAGAAAAUCUCCUCUUAUCAUAUUAAUUAUUUUGGCCAUAGUUUUAUCAAUAUUUGCAAUUAAAGGAUUUCGCGAUUCAACAAUAUAUAUUCUUGCAACCAUGGUUAUCAUUUUCCCAGCCUUACUUUAUCUUUGCAAAUCAUAAAAAGUAAUAUGAUUUUCCAAGAAAUUUAUUAUUAAUUAGUAAUUACAAAUUAGAAAGAUCACUAAUAGGAAUUUAAUUUUGAGAUCUUCGUAUAAGAAAUUUUCUCGAAUGUAACGUAACAAUUGUAACACGUACCUCCUUUCUUUUACCUUAAUCGUAAUUGAUUCUAUUUUUUUUUCUUUAUAAAUGUAUUCCUUUUGAUUAAAGACUCACAUGUCACAAUUCACAUAGAUUAAUGUUAUAUACUAACGUAAAAUAGAAACAAAAUUAAAUAAUAAUCGAUGGUGAUACAUUUUGUACUACCGACAGUAAGUCGUAAUGCGCAUCCAAAAAGUCGAAAAUUCCCAUUAUUAAGAACCCCGCAAAGGGAGUAUUUACUUAUUCUUAAAGAA